CCGUCAUCCAACGACACCCACACCGAUGACCAACGAUGAGAGAGCCCCCGUGAAGCUUUCCCUUCCCCUUGAAUUCCAACAGGACAUAUUCAAGGAACUUCGAGAGGAAGAUGAACUCGUCAUCAUCGCUCGCGGGCUGGGCCUCCUGCGCAUCGUCACGAACCUCCUCCACUCCUACGAUGCCGCUGGGAAUAAUUUGAUACUGCUGAUUGGGGCUGACGAUCGUGAAAAUGUCUGGAUUGGCGAGGCUUUGGCUGAGCAUGCCGCCAUUAGCAUGUCCCCUAGGGCGCGUGGACUCAGUCUGGUCAAUACCGAUCUGAUGAGCGUGGGAACGCGUGAGAAGAUGUAUGCCCAAGGAGGCAUCUUCAGCAUAACGUCGCGGAUAUUGAUCGUCGACUUUCUAUCCGGACUGCUGAACCCAGAAACCGUCUCCGGGGUCGUGGUUCUGCAUGCCGAAAAGGUCAUCGCAACCUCCCUCGAGGCCUUCAUUUUACGCAUAUACAGACAGAAGAACAAGGCAGGCUUCUUGAAAGCCUUCUCUGACAGUCCUGAGCCUUUCACGACCGGUUUCACCCCGUUGACUAAUAUGAUGAAGAAUUUGUUUCUCCAGAAGCCCGCCCUGUAUCCGCGCUUCCAUGUCACCGUCGCAAAGUCACUAGAGGGGCGAAAGAAGGCCGAAGUAAUUGAGCUGGAAGUGCCAAUGACAGACACAAUGCGCGAUAUCCAGAACGCGGUACUGGAGUGUGUAGAGGCGAGCAUAAGUGAGCUUCGGAAGAACAACACGGGUAUCGAGAUGGAAGACUGGACGCUGGACAGCGCUCUUCACAGAAACUUCGACACUAUCAUACGAAGACAACUUGAUCCAGUAUGGCACCGGACAAGUUUCAAAACCCGACAGGUUGUUCGUGAUCUCACAUUGCUUCGAACCAUUCUUCAUGCGCUGCUGUCCUACGACUCGGUGGAUUUCAAUAGGUAUCUCGAUACCGUUCUCGCUGCCUCUCAACCACCUCCUGGCUCUACGAGGCAGAACCAGUCGCCCUGGCUCUUCCUCGAUGCCGCCAACACCAUAUUCACAACUGCGAAACGAAGAGUCUAUACUGGCAAAGUCUCUAAUGCUUCAAUCACAGACUUGAAUUCCGUUCCGGACUCGCUAGAGCCGGUUCUGGAGGAGCUUCCCAAGUGGGCCCAGCUUGCAGAGAUUUUGCAAGAGAUCGAGCAGGACGCAUAUUUCAACCCGGUGGUCCAUGACAGCUCGAAUGGCUCCAUCUUGAUCAUGUGUGGCGACCAGGCCACUUGUCGUCAAUUGCGGGAGUAUCUACAGACUAUGUAUGUGAGGCCUGCAGGCGCCGAGCAGAAGGAGGAUGUUGAGGAAGGCCCGUCGGCUUCUUACAUGAUGCGUCGUAAAUUGCGGAACUACCUCUCCUGGAAGAGCAGUUUUUCUAAAGUGAGCGCUGCGCUCUUUUCAGAGAAUCAGAAAGCCAUCAACGGUAGCACCGAGCAGCGCCUUCAAAGCGGCAAGGCGAGUAGGCCGCCCCCAAACAAGAGACGACGAGUAAGAGGCGGCGCAUCUGGCGGAGCUGGGCCUGGACGGGCAGAGACAGGCGCAGUCCGCAUUGCCGGAGACCGUGAUGCUCAUAUAGCAAGCUUGAUGGCCGAGCUGCAACCUACAGAGAUCGAAGCCGAGCAGAAGACCGAGAUUGGCGUGGAUCCUCUCGAGAAUAUGGAUGAUUAUUACGAGCUGUUCGACAUGAAUGAUCUUAUCGUUAUCCAUCCAUAUGAAGGCGACAUGGAUGAGCACGUCCUCGAGGAGACAAAGCCGCGCUACGUGAUCAUGUACGAACCAGACGCUGCCUUCAUCCGCCGGAUCGAAGUCUACCGCUCCUCGCACACUGACCGAACUGUCAAAGUGUUCUUCAUGUAUUACGGUGGCAGCGUGGAAGAACAGCGCUACCUCUCCGCCGUCAGACGAGAAAAAGACGCCUUCACGCGCCUCAUCCGUGAAAGAGGGAACAUGGCCAUGACCAUCAACAACGCCUCCCUCGACCCCCAAGAAUCCUUCCUCCGUACCAUCAACACCCGCAUCGCUGGUGGCGGCCGCUUAGCCGCCACGGAACAACCCCCCCGUGUCGUCGUGGACGUCCGCGAAUUCCGUUCCAGCCUCCCCUCCCUCCUCCACGCCCGUAGCAUCGUCAUCGUCCCUUGCAUGCUCACAGUGGGCGACUACGUGCUCACUCCCAACAUCUGCAUCGAGCGUAAAUCCGUCCGCGACCUCAUCGGCUCCUUCGCCAACGGCCGUCUCUUCAACCAGGUGGAAGCCAUGAUGGAGCACUACAAGCACCCCAUGCUGCUCAUCGAAUUCGACCAAAACAAGUCCUUCACCCUCGAACCCUUCUCGGACCUUUCGGCUCCUGCGACGACAUCAGGCCUCGCCGCGGUGCCCGAUCUUCAGAGCAAACUCGUCAUGCUAACGCUCGCCUUUCCCAGACUCAAAAUCAUCUGGUCCUCCUCCCCUUACCAAACGGCCGAAAUCUUCUCGGAACUGAAGAAGGGGGCCGAUGAGCCCGACCCCCUGCGCGCGGUGCAGCUCGGUCUCGAUCCCAAUCUUCAAGGCGACGAGAUGCGCACCUUCAAUCAGACGAGUCAGGAUCUGCUGAGAGCGAUUCCAGGGGUGAAUGAGAAGGUUGCGAUGACGUUGAUGCUGGAGACGGAGAGUUUGACCGAGGUGGCGAAUAUGGAGGAAGGAGAAUUGGCUAAGCUUGUGGGGACGGAGGCGGCGAGGAGGAUUUGGAGGUUUUUUAAUAGGAACUUUUCUGGGGAUACGGGUGAGGAGUUGUUUGCGAGUUUAACGCAAAUAUAGUAACGAUUUAGACACGUUAGACAACGGGUUAGACAACUGAAACGGUUUCGAUUUACGAUU